UUGAGAGUGUUACGGCGUCGGACUCCAUCGCCACGCAUCCAUCGCCACCGGAGGGAGACCCUAGAGUCAGAGGCAUCGCUGGGCAAAAGAUCUUCGGGUGUAUGCGGCACCAAGGUCGUGCGUGCCUAUCGCGUUGGAACCAUCUCGGAUGCCAGUGAAGUGCCAAAAUUAGCCUCCACUAUGUCUUUCUCGAAGCUAAUGUGGACCAUGCACGAUCGUCCUAGACCCGAGACGGCGAAAAUAGGCCAACAGCGAGUGCCGGAAUUUCCUCCGCCGGAUGCACUUGAAUAUUACGAACGGAAAUCUGAGUUGCGGUUACCAUUCUUUGGAGCAUGCAUUAGGUCGGAGCGCCAAUGUUGGAAUGCUGAAUUGACUUCGAGGGCUUGGAUAGCGAAGUGCUCCUUGUAUUCGUCCGGAUUCUGUGCAAAGGGCGGUGCCAUGAACCUAACCAAUGUGAAGGAGUUUGUGCGCCUCAGGGACGCCACAUGUUAAUGUCGGUGAAUCUCAUCGCAGACCGUGCAAGCUCCGUCCACAAGGGUUUAGUGUGCAGAAACAGAGGCAGGUUACUGGGAUUGGCAUGGAAUUUACGAUGGCUUAUCGCACACGAAUUUAGUUAUAUCAACUUGCCACUGUGAUUAUUUUGCAUUCUUCAACAAGCCAUGCACAUGCCAAGUCAGUGAAAGUAGGGGGGCACUUAGGCUGGACAAAUUUCAAUACUGCAACGGGACUCGUUCAAGAUUAUGCCGGUUGGGCUGCUUCUCAAAGUCUAGUUCGUGAUGAUAUAAUUGAAUUUAAUUUUCGACCCGGUGCACGCGUUCUAUUUCAAGUUGACUCUCAAGCAGCCCUCGAUGCCUGCAAUUUUACUGGUGUUGUACCCAUAUUUGACCAAAACUCCUCUAGUCCUGUCCAUGUUACUUUAACUGCUUCAGGUGUAAGCUUUUUCGGUUAUGGGGGAAUGACUUCCAAAGGCGUUUCCAACUGUGAACCUGGCCAAAGAUUUGCAGUUUCCGUCCACGACUACGCUAUGACAACUGGCAGGAGAUAUCUUGCCAAUGCUCCUGCACAGGAGAAAAACAAUAACACCGCAAUCAUUGCCGUUGUCAUCGGCGUGGUGGUUGUGCUUGGAGCAAUUGGUGCAUGCUACUGCUAUAAACAGCGGAAAGGUACUGGAAGGAAACUUCUUAGGAAAAGGGCCUCCAAUUCUAAUCUCCAGGAAGUUAUAUCCUCAAUAGCGCAAGGACAUGGAUCAGUUACUGUCUUCACUUUGAGGGAGCUUGAAAAAGCAACGGAGAAUUUUGGUGAGCACCUUGUUCUUGGCCUUGGUGGCUUUGGAACGGUGUAUAAGGGCACAUUAAGGAAUGGGAUGGUCCAUGUUGCCAUCAAAAUGUCGAAUGCUAUCAGUAAGACUGGCAAGAAGCAACUCUUGAACGAGAUAGCAAUACUGUCGAAGACAAAUCACCCGAAUCUAGUGAAGCUGUUUGGGUGCUGCAUUGAGACGGAAGUUCCAAUUCUUGUGUACGAGUACAUCCCAAAUGGUAAUCUAUUUGAGCACUUGCACAGACUAAGAUUUGGAGUGAAUCUUAAUUGGAAGAAGCGUUUGCAAAUCGCAACCGAGGCUGCUGAAGCAAUUGCCUAUCUUCAUUUUGCUGCACAACCUCCCAUUUAUCACCGUGAUGUGAAGUCAGGAAACAUUCUACUAGACAAUACUUUUUCUGUCAAGGUUGCAGACUUCGGUAUAUCUCGCUUAACCAAUCCGGAGAAGACGCAUGUUUCAACAGCCGUCCAGGGCACCCCUGGCUAUCUGGACCCCGAGUACUUCCAUAGCUACCACUUGACAGAUAAGAGCGACGUCUACAGUUUCGGUGUGGUUUUGCUGGAGCUUAUCACAUCGCAGAAGCCUCUUGACUACACGAGAGGUGACGAGCACAGUUUGGCAGCUUAUGCUCUGCCCAUUAUAAGAGAAGGAAACUUGGAUUUGAUCGUUGAUCCUCAACUCAAGGAGUCUAUGGAGGAGUUCCAGGAAUCAAUACCGACCAUACAGCGAGUAGCACAGGUGGCCAUUAAUUGCUUGGCAGAUAAGAGGAAGGAUCGUCCAACGAUGAAAACAGUUGCCGCGGCCCUUCAGGAUAUCAACAAGACCUAUCUCAACCAUAAUAAUGGAGGAGGUACCGAGUUCGAUGAUUAACUCAGUUUGCCUUGCAAAAUUUGAUGCCAACAUUCGACAAAUAUCCUCGUAUUCUUCACCUUGCUCGCCAUCUUCAGCUUGAAGGUCACGAUAUUCUCAAUCACUUCGUAGAUUUUUACACUUAAGAAGAAAGUUUCUCCUGCUCAUACUGACCAGGACCUGUUGAAGGGUAGUGGUUGGGACUUUUUUUGCACAACUGGUGCAGGAGCUGGUUGGGGGAACUGUUCGACUCUUUUUACAGAUUGUGAUAUAGCGUUUAUCUCGGUCCAUACGCUUCCGCCACAAAGGCUAAGGCUAUCAGAGCGGUAUCCACGAGAAGUUGAACUAUAGUAUUUGAUAAACACCUUGAUGUCUGACAUACUUUGCCAUUGCGAAGUAGUUUUCUUAUUUGCUAUCGCCAGAAUUUAGGGUCUUUACUGUGGGCUGUCUAAAGGCUGACCAUGUACUGAAAGAAGUCAAUUGCCUAGCAGAGGAGAUUCAAAUCGGAAGCAAGUAGUUAUGAUAGUUCUUGCAAUUUCAUUCAAAUCAAUUGAUAAUAGCGUCUAAUUACAUUCUUUAUCAAAGUAGGAAGAAGGGGUCAUCGAUCCUAUAGUUCGAUGCAACCCACGUGAGGAUUUGGUUGAUUUAUAAAUCUUUCUUAAGACUGCAGAUUUCGUUGUUUUUUUUUUACUAA